AUGGCUUUGCUGUGGCUGCUCGUCCUGCUGGCCCUGGCUGGGCCCGUGGGGGGCACCUGGGACACCUGCAGAGGCACCUGCGGGCUCUGGCCCAUGGUUUUGAACGAGACCUCGGCGAUUCCCGAGUACGGAACCUCGCAUUCUGCCAAGGACACCACCCUCGAUGUCAACCCCGGGGCCUGGCCUGGCAUCGCCAGCAUCCAGGUCACCCUGGAGAACGGCACGUGGCACAUGUGCGCGGGGGCACUCAUCAGCCACCGCUGGGUCCUCACAGCCGCCAGCUGCUUCGUCGGGGCCGGGAAUGUCCUCCAGUGGAAGGUGGUGGUUGGAGCCACGGAUCUGGCCCAGCCCGGCCCUGCAGCCGAGGUGUUCCAGAUCAAGCGGCUCCUGAAGCACCACGGCUAUGACCCGGUCACGGCUCGGAACAACAUCGCCCUGCUGGAGCUGGACCAGCCCGUGGAGUGCAGCGACUACAUCCAGCUGGGCUGCGUGCCCGACCGCUCCCUGGCGGUGUCCGCGCUGAAAACCUGCUACAUCGCGGGCUGGAGGAACACCCCGGACAGCGCCCCCAGCCCACGCCUGGUGCUGCAGGAGGCCAAGGUGCGGCUCAUCGACGUCCAGCUGUGCAACAGCAGCCGCUGGUACGGGGGGGCCGUGCACCCCCAGGACCUGUGCGCGGGGUACCCGCGGGGCGGCAUCGACACCUGCCAGGGGGACAUCGGGGGUCCCCUGGUCUGCAAGGACAACGUUCAGGAGAACUUCUGGCUGGUGGGGCUGGCCAGCUGGGGCAGGGGCUGUGCCCGGGCCAGGCGGCCGGGCAUCUUCACCUCCACCCAGCACUUCCACGCCUGGAUCCGUGCCCACGCCAGCCCCACAGAGCCGGCACGGGCACCAAAGGCCCCCCUGAACUCGCCGGAGCCUACAGGACUGCCGCCACUGGCACCACCAGAACUGUUGCCACCAGAACCGGUGACACCAAAACCGGUGACACCAAACCCAGUGCCACCAGUACUGGUGCCACCAGAACCGGUGACACCAAAACCGGUGACACCAAAACCGGUGACAACAAAACCGGUGACACCAAAACCGGUGACAACAAAACCAGUGCCACCAAAUCCGGUGGCACCGGUACUGGUGCCACCAGAACCUGAGCCAGAACCGGAGCCAGAACCGGAGCCAGAACCUGAACCAGAACCGGAGCCAGAACCGGAGCCGGAACAGGACAUGGACAUUUCCUUCCCAAAACACACCCUGAAACGAUUCCUCAGGAAGCUGCAGGAGGUGCUGGAGCUCCUGAAGCACAGGACAGGGUGA